ACGGAAAAAAAAAAAAAAAAAAUUGUAGCGACCCUAUUCGGUAGUUUGGUGCAUAUGCCGGCAGGUAAGUCAACCACCACCUCCAUCACCUAUUAACCUAAUUUUCAAUCUCAAAUUUUCACUUUUUUAUACACUUCAAUUCUCUCUGUAUUGCACCUCUUUCAUUGUAUUCUUCUGAUCACUUGAAGAAAAUUUGGCCCAAAACCCCUCUCGAUCAAUCACACUGUUCUAAUCCUUGCUUUCAGAUGACUCUCAGUGAUGGUGAUGAUCAGUUAGAGACUGUGUCUGAUCCUGCAACUUGGACCUUAUUAGAGGAGAAUAUUUUCAUUAGUAUUAUGGCGAACGAGGUUAAAAGGGGAAACCGCCACUCGACGACGUUUUCUAGAUCAAGUUGGGCGGUUAUCGAACGAGAGUUUUAUGAGAAAACGAACAGGCGGUAUAAUCAUUCGCAGUUCAGGAAUAAGUAUAACCAGUUGAGGAUUUAUUAUCAAUGGUUUACUAAACUGUUGGAGCAGCCUGGCUUUGUUUGGGAUCCUAAGGUUGGUAAUGCGAUUGCGGAUGAUGAUGUGUGGGAAGCGUAUUUGAAGACAAACAAAAAAGCGAGAAGAUUCCGGAAAAAAGGCUGUCCGAUGUACAACGAACUCGUGAUCAUUUUCGGAGAAACCAUGAUAGAUUACAAAGACGCAUAUCCUCUUGCUCAAUAUCCUCCUAGUGAUCAAAAAACCGAUCAAGAAAACGAAUCAACUAACGAAACCCCUCAAGCUUUCCCACCUGAUUAUCAAAGUACCGAUAAAGAUUCCCAAAAUUUCGGAACAAGAAAACGUGUGUCUGAAACCCCAACACAUCAACAACAUCAUCUUCACAAGAACAAAGAAGCAAAGGUAGCAGGAACGGACGGUGAAUCUUUGGAAGCGAUUAAACUAUUUUCAAACAAACAAGGGUCUGACCCGAUAAGUGAUAGGACAACCCAAAUGUUCAAGAAUCCUGAAGGGUGUAUCGAAUCUAGUUCGUUUUCGAUCACCAACUGUGUUAAGUGCCUGGAGUCGAUUCCAGAUGUUGAUGCUGUUACGUACGUAAAGGCGCUUAAAAUGUUUAAGGAUGUGGAUUGGAGAGAAAUGUUUAUGGCAAUGUCUGCACAAAGAAGAUCAGAUUGGUUGGCUAGCUUGGAAUGACCAAAAAACCCAUGUGAUAGAUCAUUUUUUUUCUUUGUAAUGUGUAUUCAGUCAUCAUUUCUUGAAUUUCAUGACCAUAAAUGUAUAGGACUGAAAGUCUGAAAGUGAAACACAUUGUUGACAACUGAA